UGUAUGAGAGCUACAGUAUAAAACCAGGAGGAGGUCCUGGAAGCAGCCAGACAGAGGAGGAUUCUGCUCCCUGAGGUUUACAGACAGACCACAAUGUACAAGAUCAUUAGCUGCACGCUUGUGGUGGUGUUCCAUGUCGGCAUUACGUUAGGAAAUCCCCCAAAAUAUGACCCUAUCACGUCUGUUCCAGUGAAAUGCGACCAAUGUCCUCCAGGGACUUUUGUGCAGCAGGACUGCACUGCUGAAAGGAGGACGGUCUGCGCGUCCUGCCCACCCAGGCACUUUGCAGACCAGUGGGGCUACCACAAGGACUGCCAGUUCUGCAGCACCGUCUGUAAAGAGCUGCAGGUUGUGAGACAGGAGUGCAAUAGCACUAACAACCGGCUGUGCGAGUGCAUCGACGGAUUCUUUCUGGAUGUGGAGUUUUGCCUACCUCACAAGGAAUGCCCACCUGGCUCUGGAGUACUGCAACAAGGGACUCCAGAUAGUGACACUGUUUGUGGCGAAUGUCCUAAGGGUACGUUCUCAAACGUGACGUCUGCCACCACGCCAUGCCAGCCGCAUACCAACUGCAAACAGCUGCGUCUCAAUGUGGCUCGAAAAGGAAGUUCCACAGAAGACACAGUGUGCCAAGAAGAGUCUACGCAAGCUUGUGACAUAGAUGUAACACUUUGUGAGGAAGCCCUGCUCCGGUUUCCCAAGCUCCCAGCCAACUGGGUCACUGUACUGGCUGGGAGACUAUCUCCCAUGGCCGUGACGUCACAGCAGAUAGAUGCCAUUAAACAAAGAUAUCACUCAGAGAACUACUUGUUUAAGUUGUACAAGAGUCAAAGAAAAGGAAACGAUUCUUUCAAGCAUCUUAUACAAGAUAUAAACGCAUGUGAAAUGGGAGUUCAAAAGUAUAUCGGACACUUAAAUGUGACGGCAAAACACCUGAUGGCUUUAAUGCAGAGCUUACCGGGAAAGCCAAUAAAAAAGGAGGAAAUCAAAGUCACCUUGAAGACAUGCAACCGGGCAAGUCAAGUACCGAAACUUCUCAGUUUGUGGAGGAAUAAAAAUGACGGGGACACAAUUGCAGCCCUCAGGCAGCUGAAAACGAAACAGCUGGAGAAAACAUUACGCCGACAGAUGAAGAAACUGUUGCACUUUAUAAGCAGCGUUUCCAUGUACAGGCUGUACCAGAAAAUAGAUCUGGAAAUGAAUGGCAACCAGGCGCAAGUGGUCAAGCUGGAGGCAUUGUUGUGACCGCUAAAUAAGUGACCUCCUGACCUUUCAUCCUGUCUACGCCGUGCUGAAACCAGAGCCCUAUUCUGGUAUCUGUAUAAGCUGUAUUUAUAGAAGUAUUGUUUUUUUUUUAAAUAAUUAACUUCUUACUGAAAAGCCCUUUUAUAUACAUGAACAAUGUUGAAGGACGAUGUUUCAUUCACUCAGUGUUGCUUUUAUGCCAGUGGUUUUAUGAAUGUGUAUUUAUGUCUGUGUUUUGGUCGCUUACACCAAAACUCCAAUAUUUAUAAAUUCCUAUUAAUUUAAUGCUGAAUUUAACUGGAUACAAGAUAAUUUCAGGUACAUAUAUACUUUUUUCUACUUUCUAUUUAUCAACCAUUUUUAAGAUUCUUCUCACUUUGUUCCGAGCAACUUUUUGUCGCUCGGAACAACAGUAUAUAUAUAUACAUACCUACUGUAUUUACAGAGGGCGGGAUGUAUUAAAGGAAAAAUGCGGUAAAACCCCCGUUUUGGUGGGUUUUACUGCAUUUUCAAAUGUACUAUCACCCAACCGCCGCGUUUACGCCGAUGAGAUUAUUGCCAUGUCUGGAUGGUGGCGAUACCCUAUAGGAGCCUAUGGGAUUCUUUUUGCCGGCUGCCGCAACCCACUGCAAAUGCCGACCCCUGCCGCAGACGCCUCCCCCCCCUGCAUACCUUCCUCCAGGAAGCCUGGAUCCGGAAGGUAAUCUCCUCCUCCCCCUAGCAACUCAGCCGGAGGUCCUUCUGGCUGCAGGGGGGAGGAGGAGGAGCCGGGGGCAGCCUGCUGCUGCUUCCCGGCGGUGAAGAGCCCUGGGAGGUGACGGAGACCCUCGCACACCACCUCACAGGUAUUGCGGGGGGCCUCCGUCACCGCAUUGCGAUAUUGAUCGCAUAUGUUAGUACAUAUGCGACCAACAUCACUGUGAUGCGUGGCGAGGAGCGGCGAUGUAUCUUAAUACAUCCCGCCCAGAAAGAGAGAGAUAGAAAUAUAUUUUUAUAUUUGUCUUGAUUUUAAGCAUGCAAAUUCAAUAAAUAUAAUGUUAUACAGUUAAAACAGGUGAGUCAGUAUGGAAGGAGAUCAGAUCACCCAGCUUAGGCACACUCUUUUGGUUAAUGGGGUAAAUUUACUAAGAUGGGAGUUCUAUUUAAGAUGGGAUGUUGCCAACCAAUCAGAUUCUAGGUAUUAUCUUCUAGAAGGUGUUAGAUAAAUGAGAAGUAGAAUCUGAUUGGUUGCUAUGGACAGCAUCCCAUCUUGAAUAGAACUCCCAUCUUGGUAAAUUUACCCGUUUUUCUUUUCAGCCAUCACUGAUAAAUAGAUCCUUUCUAAGCUUUUUGUUCUGCCAUCAGAGGGCGCUGUUCUGUUACCAUGUUGUAGAAUGUCAAUGUACUUACAGCAGAUAUAAAACAUUAAACUUUAGUUUACGUUCAGUAUUUAAGCUAAAGCUAAAAAUGUCUUUGUGUAUCUCAGCAUUCCUUAUACCAGACGUGUGUGUGUUACGUUACCACUAAUCCUAAUAUAUAAUGGAAUCAGAGCUGGAUUAAGGCUUUUAGGGGUCUAUUUACUAAGCCUUGGGUGGACAGAGAUAAAUUGCCAGCCAAUCAGCUCCUAACUGCCAUGUCACAGGCUGGGUUUGAAAAAUGACAGUUAGGAGCUGAUUCGCUGGUACUUUAUCAUCGUCCACUUUGGAGAACAUUCAAUACCUGCCGGAUUCUUUUCAACGCAAAGGAUCCGACAGGUCAGUAUUCAAUGAGCGGCCAAAUCCGACUUUCGGAUUUGGCCGCUCCCGACAGCCGCUCUUCACCCGUCCACGCUCCGUCCCCGCUCGUCUCCUCACCGGCGUCCCUGCUUAUCUCCUCACCAACAUCCUUGCUCAUCUCCUCCCCAGCGUCCCCGCUGCUCGGCUCACAUGGUCCCUCCUACCAGUCCUCGCUUCCCCAUCUCAUCUCCCCAGUUCUGACAAUGUCAAUCCGAGUUUAAAAAAAGUGGGAUUGACAUUGUCGGAACCGGGGCCAAAACCUGUCAGAUUUAUCUGCGGAACACGUGGAUCCGCGGCUAAUCCGACAAUCCAUGUGUUUUCCGACAAGUCGAAAAAACAGCCCCUAUUGAAUAGUUCGGAACACCUUCCGACCUAAACCUGUCGGAAACUACCGUCUUUCCGACAAGACGGCAGCUUCCGACACUUAUUGAAUACACCCCUUUAUCUCCAUCCAAGGCUUAGUAAAUAGACCACCCCUAAGUUUGGGGGGGGGGAUGAACAUCGCUUCCCUAGCUGCUGAGCUGCCCUUCCUACCUUCACUGCAGCCCACACAUGGGAUAGUACCCGAAAAACAAGGUUGUCCUACCAAAACUGUGAUAUUUGGGGGAUUGUAUAUGUGUAUAUAUUUUCUCUUACGUCCUAGAGGAUGCUGGGGACUCCGUAAGGACC